GCUCUACAAUAACAACCAUGAUUUAAUAUGCACGUAGUUCACUUACACGUUUCAUUUGUUUUUAUAGCAACACUUGAGAAUUGAGUGCAACAGUGUGGUAUGAGAUAAUAAUGUACAAUAAUAGGAAGCGAUAUGCGUUACAUUUUUAAUUAAUCAACUUCAUCAUGAUGGAGAAUACGAGUGACAAGUUUUACUACGUGUACAGUUCUUCGUUAGAUACCAGGAUACAAAUUAAAAUAGGUACAUUAGAAGGCAAAAGGCAUAGACCCGAGUACGACGAAUUACUUCUAGAUCCUCUACUCAAGUAUUCAGGUUUGUACGAAACUGGAGGAGUUCGUGGAGAUUUAGCUGCAUCUCUGCAAGUGUGGGCUGGUGGGAGACCAUUGGCUUUACCUGUACACACAGCCUACAAGCACUUCACCUCUCGUUGGAACUGGAAUCAAUGGGUCUAUCUACCCAUUUCCUAUACAGAUUUGCCUCGUGAUGCACAGCUGUGCAUAACUCUUUAUGACUGCGCGGGACCUGGCAGACAGCUUCCAGUUGGCGGUACAACUAUAUCGCUGUUUGGAAAGCAUGGAGUGUAUCGACAGGGUAUGCUGGAUCUAAAAGUGUGGCCAGGAGUAAAAGCAGAUGGUAGUGUUCCAACCAGUACCCCAGGAAAAGCUAGAGAUCACGGGAAAGAACAAAUGCAGAGGCUUGCAAAACUUGUUAAAAAGCACAGAAAUGGGCAAAUAAACAAAAUUGAUUGGCUGGACAGAUUAACUUUCAGGGAGAUUGAAGUAAUCAAUGAGAAGGAGAAGAGAGCAUCGGAGUACUUGUAUUUGAUGAUAGAAUUUCCAGAAGUAACAAUGGAUAGUGUACCAUAUUCAAUCGUGUACUAUGAAAAAGAUGGUGACGAGGUUUUCCAGCAUAGAUUACAACCAGAUGUUGUGACACUUCCUGACUACGAGAUUUUACAAGAGAACCUUGUAGAGGCGAAACAUCAUAAAUUGGCUCGUAGUUUACGUAGCGGCGGUAACACCCGCGAAUUAAAACCCACUUCAACGGUGCGAGACGCUUUAAAUACAAUAUUGGGGUAUCCACCGACAACCGCACUUUCCACCGAGGAACAAGAUUUGAUUUGGAAAUAUAGAUUUUACUUGUCUAACCAGAAGAAAGCGUUGACCAAAUUUGUGAAGUGCGUUAAUUGGAAAGUCGCCGGCGAGGAACGCCAAGCCUUGGAGAUGCUAGCUUUAUGGGCGCCACCGGAUUCUGAAGACGCCUUAGAGUUAUUAGGUCCGGCGUUUACUCAUCCGGCUAUCAGACGAUACGCGAUUAGCAGACUCAAUCAAGCACCCGACGACGAUCUAAUGUUAUACUUGUUGCAAUUAGUGCAAGCCUUGAAGUAUGAAGACUUUGAAAGCAUUAAAGCUGCUUAUCAAGCAAUGCUAAAAGAAAAGGAAGAAAGAUCAGAGCCAAAAAAUUGGAGUACCGAAAAGUUAGAAAAGAGCGAAAGAUUGGAAAAAACGGAUAAAUUGGAUAAAGAUAUAAGAAGCAGCGAUUCUACAUCUACUCCGGUUACAACUUCUAGUGAAUCGGAGAGUCAAUUAUCAACUAGUCAAGAACCGCUGAUGGAUCUAGCGUCGUUUUUAAUUACACGCGCUUGUCAAAAUUCGAUGCUGGCUAAUUAUUUCUAUUGGUAUCUCUCUAUCGAAUGCGAGGAUCAAAGUGAUCCUGCGAUAAGCGCCAAACAAGAUACACGAGUCAAAGAAAUGUACGUCACCGUAAUGAAAAUGUUUUCCAUGAUGUUAACGCAAGGAAAUGCCGUCUGGCAAAAGAGAAGAGCGUUCCUCUUGCGACAGAAGGUGUUCAUCGAUCAGUUGGUGUCUCUGGUGAAAGCGGUCGCGCGAGAAAGCGGAAAUCGGAAGAAAAAGACUGAUAGAUUGAGAACAUUAUUGACGGAUCCGGAUCCGGCGUUCAAGAUUAAUUUCUCGAACUUCGAGCCGAUACCUUUCCCAUUGGAUCCUGAGAUUUGCAUCAAGGGAAUUAUUCCAGAAAAAGCAAGUCUCUUCAAGUCUGCGCUCAUGCCAUCAAAACUUACGUUCUUGACAACGGACAAUACCGAAUAUAUCGCUAUCUUUAAGCAUGGAGACGAUUUACGACAAGAUCAAUUAAUUUUGCAAACAAUAGCACUGAUGGAUAAAUUAUUGCGGAGAGAGAAUUUGGAUUUGAAACUGACUCCGUAUAGAGUACUUGCCACGAGCACUAAACAUGGUUUUGUACAAUUUAUCGAAUCCACAACGGUCGCGGAGGUUCUAGCCAGCGAAGGAUCGAUAUUGAACUUCUUUCGAAAACAUCAUCCUUCCGAGACUGGACCAUACGGAGUCGUACCAGAAGUCAUGGACACUUACGUUCGUAGUUGCGCUGGUUAUUGUAUUAUUACAUAUGUACUGGGCGUCGGUGAUCGCCACUUGGACAAUUUGCUUCUGACAGCAUCAGGAAAACUCUUUCACAUCGACUUUGGCUAUAUUUUGGGCAGAGACCCGAAACCUCUGCCGCCUCCCAUGAAGCUCAGCAAAGAGAUGGUCGAAGCUAUGGGCGGUGUCGGUUCCGAGCAUUAUCACGAAUUUCGAAAGCAGUGUUACACGGCGUUCCUCCAUUUGCGUAGACAUGCCAAUUUAAUAUUAAAUCUAUUCUCCCUGAUGGUGGACGCCAGUGUGCCGGAUAUCGCUCUGGAGCCGGACAAAGCCGUGAAGAAGGUCCAAGAUAAAUUACGGUUGGACUUGACUGACGAAGAAGCUGUACACUAUGUACAUAAUCUUUUAGACUUAUCAGUCACUGCAGUGAUGGCUGUAUUGGUAGAACAGCUUCAUAAAUUUGCACAAUAUUGGAGAAAAUAAGACAAAACCGAUGUACAGCGAGAUUAUGUAAAAACUGUGUUCCUUUAUAAACGCUAAUUAUUAUAUUGUAUAUAAAACGACCAUUAUGUCUAUAAUAUAUCGAUUAAUUUAUUGUAUUUUCAGAGUAUUUUAGCUAAUAAAUCUUUGAUAAAAAUUA